AUGGGCUUCUACAUCCGGGCUAAGGCUUUCCGGAAAUUCCUGCCCAUGUUCGACCAAGUACUGGUGGAGCGGUUAACAGCACAGACUGUGACAAAAGGAGGCAUCAUGAUUCCAGAAAUAUACCAGGGCAAAGUGCUCCAGGCCACCGUGGUGGCUGUGGGACCUGGUGCCACCGACAAGACUGGAGCUGUAAGGCCUGUCAGUGUGAAUGUUGGAGAGAAGGUUCUACUACUAGAAUAUGGAGGCACGAAAGUGGUUCUUGAUGAUAAGGACUAUUUCUUGUUCCGGGAUGCAAAUAUUCUAGGAAAAUAUGUUGAUUAA